GUUGAGGAUGGAAAGCAUCUCUACGACCACCUACAGACUGUGAUGGAUAUUCUCACUGUCAAUGGUGUACUGGGUGGUGAAAAUAUUGACAGCUCUUCUCCAAUGCACCCACCUGGCCUUGCAGAGGCUCAUGGAGAACUUGGGGAGCCAGUUGCAGAUGCCAUCAAGGAAGAGGAGGCAGAGCAGGCCAAUGCCACUAACUUGCAGGAGACACAGGAGUGGCUGCAGUGGCAGGAGUGGCAGCAGUACAAGGAGGAGACAGAACAAGAUGGGCUGUCCUGGGACCAGCAAGGAUUGCACAUGGCAAAUGACCAAGUUUGGUCAGGUGUGGGUUCAGCAAGUGCAGAUCAUGUACCCAAGAGGGAUUUGACACGGUUUGGUCAUCUACCCCCUCCUCGAGGAGGCUGGAUGUGCAAGGUGAUCCCCCUGAUUGUCUCCAUCAAGAUGAUGGCACACCAGCGCACUUGGAGCAUAGCUCAAAGGCUUGGGGACCAUGUGGCCAUCAGGGAGCAUGUGAUCGACCAUCAUUUGCAGAUGCUCCACCGUGGCUUUGACAGGAGAUACUAUACCAGAUAG